UAAUAAUUAGUUACAAGUAAAGGUAGCAUUUUUUGUAUCUUGUGGUUGUACGGUUGAUUUGUGCUUACUUAACUGAUAAAUGUUUUAAACAUAAUCUGGACUGUUGGGUGAUAUAAUGUACAUGUAUACAUAAAGGGCUCUACAUAUUUUGAUGCAACUGGAGACAAUCAGUUAAUUUAUCAACAAAAUAAAAAGUGAAUUUCGAAUAAAAUUACACAAACUUGAUGAAAUAACGAAUCUGGAACAAAUUUAAUUAUUGUCACAAUAGCAACGCAAACCUAUCCAAAUCCAAUUCCUAUUUUAUUUGUAGACGUCUUAAUAAGAUAGUUUUUCGUUACGUAAUUUGUUGUCGUAAUGUUAACUUUGCAUUCGGAGAUUUAAACACUAAUUUAGAAUUUGAUAUCUAUGAAUACAUAAUUAUGCCAACGAUGAUUUUUUUUUUAGCUAAUAUGCGAUAAUUAUGUAUGUCACAAGAAUCAAGGUUGUUAUAAAUACUUCUGAUUCACAACAAGACCAACCCGAAUGAGGUCAAAUCGAUGUUAGUCGGUAAAUCCAUCAUAGACGGUUUCCAUUGGAAAUUUCUAGAUCAAUCUUAUCUGGUCCACUGAUUUUCUAUAGUUGAAGGUUUUUCCAUUGACAACAAUCUAUUUAAAGCUUUAAAUUGCAAUGCACUUUAUUUUUGUUUACUUUUGGCAGAGUUCCAACCGGUUAAAGGAUAUGUUGCUAGAACGAGACCUAGGGAAACUCUAUAGUCUACCCAUGGUGGAGAGCCUUGAAUCCGGACGUCACGUGAUUAUAGAUGCAAUGACAGAUGUACAGUUGGCGGAAACGUAUGACAUGAUACAAGACGCUGCAGCACACGGAAGUGGGUUCGGGAUAGACGAAUUUGUAAAUGAGAAAAACUUUAGACAAGAAAUACAUGACAGUCAUUGCUUUGCAAUAAUCUGCAAAGAAAGUUGUGACUUAAUUGGAGGAAUUAUUCUUGCAAACAGUAAAUUCUAUCGAGGUGCUUCAACCAUGGUAGAUCCGUUUAUCAUAAUCAAACGAACCGAAAGGGGUCAGAGGUUAGGAGAAUUUGCGAUGAAUAAAGCAAUUCAAUUUUCCCAGCAACUAGGAUACGUGGGAAUGUACGUUGACACAUUUUCCAACAAUACAGGAAUGUUGAAAAUCUUGCAGAAAAUUGGUGGUUUUACCCAAGUAGGAUUUUUGCCCGUUGGUGGACGAUUACAGAGUGGGAAACUAAUUGGUUCCAUAAUCUUCUAUCGGGAUCUCGCGGAAGUGUCAUGUGACAUGGAGAAUUCAUCAGAAUAUGGAUCAGAUGAACUUGCAGACAUUUCAGAAGAAGACAACCUGCAAAAUAUCAAUCCUGUAGAUUUGAAUCUCACAUGAAUUUAAACAGUGGACUUUCUGUCGGUUCACGAAUACUACCGCUUUUAGUGGUUAAACCGGUUUUGUAAAUACGACAAUGUCAUAUUAAAACCGACAUUUAGACUUUAAUUACAACUGAAGGUCUAAAAUCGAAAUGCAAGUUCGCCUUGCCAUGAUAGUAUACAUAGAGAUAUAGGAGAAAGAAUAUUUCCCAACCAACUCUGUAAGAUAGAAAACUGAACCAGCUGUGACAAUCGAAUCAUAACUUUAUAUAUAAUAAUAUGUAAUAUAUGUAAAGUACAAACUACAUGUUGAAAAUUAUUGCAAUCGUCGUGUAGAUUUUAUGUGACGGUGCAUUUAGUGUAUAAAUUACAUGUAAUUACAUAGAAUCAGUUCAUGAUAGAAACUUCAUCAAAUAAAUCAUGAAAUUCUAUAAAA